UCAGCUCGUGGGACCUUUCUCCUUUGGGAUUCAAUUUAGUGGAAUAUUCACUCAGUGACUCAGGACCUGACAACCUGCUGGAAUCCUGCUGCACGAAGGAUUUCCAAGUGUGUGAGUAAUAUGAGGAAGCCUUUGAAUGUGCUGGAUCCUGGAAUCAGACUGCAGGGCUUCCAUUGUGUUUAGACCGGGGAGCGGCAUGCAAACAAAUCGGUGAACUGCCACGACCUGUCAAACCCCCACCCUCAUAGCCACCAACACCACCAACCCAGCUUUGGGGUUGACUCCAGACACUUGCACUCUGCCUGACAACCUGAGCCAAACGUCAUGGAUUUCAUACUACCCAUAAGACGUCAAGAGAUGAUGGCGUCCUCCAGUUCUGCGCCUCUUCUGGGCCCUCACAGCAGCUGCUCCAGGCACCACUACCAGGGAGUCAAAAGAAAGCUACGACCAGGGCGAAUUCUGGGCUUUAUCAUCAGCCUGGUGGCGGUCUGCACAGUCUGCUCAUGGAGUGCCUUUUCGCUGGUCACAACAGUGGCUAAGGAGCUGGAAUCACCUGUUGAGGGCUCAGCAGAUACAGCAGUACCCCAAAGAACUCUUCUACAGUAUAGCAACCUCUCAGCUGCACCAGAGGACACACCAGUGGCCAUGAAAACAUUUGAAGUGGAGAUGAAUCACGGGGACUACCCAACGGACUACUUCAGCGUAGAGGAGAGACGCCAGGGCUAUGUGGUUCUUCAUAUGUUUGGCAUGUUGUACAUGUUCAUAGCCUUAGCCAUUGUCUGUGAUGAAUUCUUUGUUCCUGCACUCACCGUCAUCACAGAGAAGCUGGAGAUCUCUGAUGAUGUAGCAGGAGCCACCUUCAUGGCAGCAGGUGGUUCAGCCCCAGAGCUCUUCACUUCUGUCAUAGGAGUCUUUGUCUCCCACAGUAAUGUGGGUAUUGGUACCAUUGUGGGAUCCGCCGUCUUCAACAUCCUGUUUGUGAUCGGGAUGUGUGCCCUGUUUUCCAAAGAGGUGCUGAACCUCACCUGGUGGCCUCUUUUCAGAGAUGUCUCAUUCUAUAUCGUUGGCCUGCUCAUGCUUAUCUAUUUCUUUCUGGAUAAUCAAAUCACGGUGGGGGAAAGUAUUGGCCUGCUGUCGUGUUACACCUGCUAUGUGACAUUCAUGAAGUUCAAUUCCAAAGUAGAACUUGUCAUGAAGACCCUUAUUGGCAGCAACCAGGUGGUCGAACUGGAGCCUGCACCAAAGGUAAAUGUACCUGCAGAUGAUGAGAACAAGCUGACGGCCAAGCCCAGGCUGCAGAGGGAAGGCAGCUGUGCGUCUCUACACAACUCACUGAUGAGAAACAGCAUCUUCCAGCUCAUGAUCCACACCCUGGACCCCCUGAGUGAUGAAGGUACGGGGCAAUUUAAAGAGAAGGCAUCAAUCCUUCACAAAAUGGCAAAGCAGAAGUGUAAAGACGAGGCCACCAAUGCCAACGGCAUAGGAGCCCUCUCCCAGACACAACUUCCAAGAAAAGCAAAUUUGGAUAAAAACAUCCCAAACAGUACAAAUGUUGCUGUGGAGGUCACACCACCCAUGAACGGCGUGGCAGGAGGAGAAGAGGGUCCUGACGAAGAGGAGGAUGAAGACCAGCCUCUGAGCCUGGCCUGGCCUGACACCCUCAGGAAACAGAUCACCUACCUCUUCAUCCUGCCCAUCGUUCUUCCACUAUGGAUCACACUGCCUGACGUCAGGAGAGAGACUUCAGAAAAGUUCUUCCCCAUCACUUUCCUUGGCGCCAUUUCUUGGAUUGCUUUCUUCUCCUACCUGAUGGUUUGGUGGGCUCACCAGGUAGGAGAAACGUUCUGGAUCACGGAGGAGAUAAUGGGUCUAACUAUAUUAGCAGCUGGUACUUCCAUCCCUGACCUGAUCACCAGUGUGAUUGUGGCACGAAAAGGCCUUGGUGACAUGGCUGUGUCCAGCUCUGUGGGCUCCAACAUCUUUGAUAUCACUGUGGGUCUGCCGUUCCCCUGGCUCAUCUACCACAUCCUCAAUGACUUCAAGCCGGUGGAGGUGAGCAGCAACGGCCUGUUCUGCGCCAUUGUCCUCCUCUUCCUCAUGCUCCUUUUUGUCAUCGUAUCCAUUGCGUCCUGCAAAUGGAGAAUGAGCAAGCUCCUGGGACUUCUCAUGUUCGUACUCUACUUCGUCUUCCUCAUCAUCAGUGUCAUGCUGGAGGACAAAAUCAUCACCUGUCCUGUCACCAUCUGAGAAAGACCGACUCCUGUCGAUUGUCAGAAAGCAUAAAUGUGCUGUACCAUGAUUUACUAUAGAAGUGGGGAACAUGCUCGCACAGAUACAAACUGUCUCUUAUCUGUCUCACAUACAUACACAGUAGACGACUGCACGUAUCCAUGGAUUCAGAAUCAAGUGAAAUGUGAAGCACACACAGAUUGUGUGUAAAUCAACGCUGCAAAAAGCCAUCUACCAGUGGCACGUGAGCCUGUACAUCAUUUUACCACCCAGUAGGUACCAUGUGACUACUUUCAGUAGCAGUUACUGGUUUAAACCUGCUGAAACUCGGGAUGGAAACUUUGAUUUGAAGAUCACCAGAGAUUUUGGGAGUUUUGGGGAGGGGUUUUUCAGCUGAAGGACUGUGCAGCAGUAUAAGAAGUACCUCCGCUACUCAUGCAAGCAGCCAGUGUAUAAACUGAAUAUGAAGGCUCAAAGAGAUGUUAUUUUUUGUUUUAAAGGACAGUGAAACUCUGGAGAGAUCGUGCAUGUAUGGAAUAAAAAACUAAAUCAGAAAGGGCUGGAGUAACACAUAUGCGUGAUAGCUGCUAAAUAUACCUUUAGAUUUUAACUAUGUUCAUCCCAUCACCCAAUGUCAUAGACAAAAUAAAUAUCCAGUGUUAAAAAUCAGCACAUUGUAUUUGAGAACAUAUUUGUCAGAAAUUCAUACUUUAUAUCCCAUCCACAAAUAUCUAUAAUAGAAAACAAAAAUUCUAAAUAGUUAUAAUACAGUGUAAACAGAUAGAAAGGCCUAAGGUCUGCUCAAUAUUUCUGCUGAUAUCCCAACUAUCUUAUUUGGAUUUGUCAUAUAACAAGCUUCUGAGUCUGCCUUUACAUACACCACUUUAGAGAUAUAUUACUUAAAUAUCCUGACUAAAAAUGGAUGAUUUCCGUACAUGAAAAUGUAAUAAACAGGUCAGUGUCACAUUUCCCAGUAGAUGAGGUACUCUAAAGAGCAAGUGGUGGAUUAAAGAUUAGUGUUUACUUUAAACUCAACAGUGUUUUUUCUUCUGAACUAUGUAUUUAUAAAAAAGGAGUGUUCAAUAUCAACAGGUAUCACCCGGUUUCCUUUGCAAUGUUUCGAUGUAAAACAAUUCGUGUACUGUAUAACAUGUAUAUAUUUUUCCUCAUUCUCCAUGUCUGUAGGCCUUUUGUAUCAUACGCAACAGGCCUAAUAUGGAGCAAUUGUUGCUACAUUCAGAUACUACUUCCCUGUGUGACAUAUAAGAUGAAAGCUUUGAAUGAAACUGUUAAAAGAAACAUUGAGUAUUCUAAAACAAAGCAUGGACUGGUUUUGUUUUUAUUUGUCAAUUUAAUUUUCUUCUAAUCGCAAAAACUCAGAAGAGUCCUGCUGUGAUAGAAAAUGAUUAUGUCACAAAAAGUGUGUUUUCCAUCGACUAAACUGCUGGAAAUAUU